ACAUGCACUCAGAGGGUCCACGGUGCUCUGCGGCUGAGUCUGUCGCGCUGUGACCUAUACGGAGUCAUAGUACGGACACCGGGGAACCCACAAGCCUCAGCAAUGUGUAUUUGUUCAGUGGCAUAAAUUUCCCUCCAGGCACUGCUUUAGCUGCCUCCAAGAACCUUUGGACUCAGUGGCCAUUGAGGAUGUGGCUGUGAAAUUUACCCCAGAGGAGUGGGCUUUACUGGAUCCUUCACAGAAGAAACUCUACAGAGAUGUGAUGCAGGAAACCUUCAGACACCUGGCCUCAGUAGGAAAAACAUGGGAAGAUCAUGACAUUGAAGAUCAGCACAAAAACUGGGGGAGAAAGCAAAGAAGUCCUCUGGUAGGGAGACUUUCUGAAAGUGAAGAGGGGAGUCAAUGUGGAGAAAAUGUCAGCCUUAUUCCAAAUCUCAGUGUGAACAAGAAAACUACAGGAGGAGAACCAUGUGAAUGCAGUGACUGUGGAAAAGUCUUCAGGCAUCAUUCAUCCAUUAAAAGGCAAGUUAGAUGUCACACUGAACACAAACAAGAUGAUUAUCAAAAAUAUGCAGAGAAGCCGUAUGUAUGUAAGGAAUGUGAGAAAGCCUUCCUUUUUCCCAGUUCUCUUCGAGCCCAUGAAAGAACUCAUACAGGAGAGAAACCCUAUGAAUGUGAGGAAUGUGGGAAAGCCUUUACAGCUCCAUCAAGCCUUCGAUCACAUAUGAUCUCUCACACUGGAGAUGGACCUUAUAAAUGUAAGGCAUGUGAGAAAGCAUUCAUUACUCCCAGUUCACUUCAAAUACAUGGAAGAAGACACACUGGAGAGAAACCAUAUGAAUGUAAACAUUGUAGUAAAGCAUUUAGUCUUCCCAGUGUUCUUGAAAUCCAUGAAAGAACUCAUACUGGAGAAAAACCCUAUCAAUGUAAGGAAUGUGGGAAAGCCUUUAUUGCCCUCAAAAACCUUCGUGCACACAUGGUCACUCACACUGGAGAUGGACCUUAUAAAUGUAAGGAAUGUGGGAAAGCAUUCAUUUAUCCCAGUUCGCUUCAAAUACAUGAAAGGAGUCACACUGGAGAGAAACCAUAUGAAUGUAAAAAAUGCAAUAAAGUCUUCGCUUGUUCCAGUUCUCUUGGUGUCCAUGAAAGAACUCAUACUAGAGAGAAACCCUAUGAAUGUAAGGAAUGUGGGCAAGCCUUCAGAGCUUGCUCAAGCCUUCGAUCGCACAUGAUGCUUCACACUGCACGUGGACCUUAUAAAUGUAAGGAAUGUGGGAAAGCCUGUAUUGCUCUCACAAGCCUUCGAGUACACAUGGUUACUCACACUGGAGAUGGACCUUAUAAAUGUAAGGAAUGUGGGAAAGCAUUCAUUUAUCCCAGUUCACUACAAACACAUGAAAGGAGUCACACUGGAGAGAAACCAUAUGAAUGUAAAAAAUGCGAUAAAGUAUUCGCUUGUUCCAGUUCUCUUGGAGCCCAUGAAAGAACUCAUACUAGAGAGAAACCCUAUGAAUGUAAGGAAUGUGGGCAAGCCUUCAGAGCUCGCUCAAGCCUUCGAUCACACAUGAUGCUUCACACUAGAGACGGACCUUAUAAAUGUAAGGAAUGUGAGAAACUAUUCAUUUCUCCCAGUUCACUUCAAAGACAUGAAAGGAGUCACACUGGAGAGAAACCCUAUGAAUGUAAAAGAUGCAAUAAAGUAUUCACUUCUUCCAGUUCUCUUCUAGUCCAUGAAAGGACUCAUACUGGAGAGAAACCCUAUAAAUGUAAGGAGUGUGGGAAAGCCUUUAUUGCUCUCAGAAGCCUUCAAUCACAUGUGAUGCGUCACACUGGAGAUGGACCUUAUAAAUGUAAGGAAUGUGAGAAAGCAUUCAUUUCUCCCAGUUCACUUCGGAGACAUGGAAGGAGUCACACUGGAGAGAAACCCUAUGAAUGUAAAGAAUGCAGUAAAGCAUUCACUUCUUCCAGUUAUCUUCGAAUACAUGAAAGAACUCAUACUGGAGAGAAACCCUAUGAAUGUAAAAAAUGCAGUAAAGCAUUUCAUGUUGCCAGUUCUCUUCAAAGGCAUGAAAGAACUCAUACUGGAGAGAAACCAUAUGAAUGUAAAAAUUGCAGUAAAGCCUUCGGUUAUAGCAGUUCUCUUCGAAAGCAUGAAAGAACUCAUACUGGUGAGAAAACCUAUGAAUAUCAAGAAAGUGGGAAGGCCUUUAUUUCUCGUGAAAACUUUUGAGGAUACACGAGAACACACUGUAGAGGAGAAAACAAAUGUAAUGAGUGUAUGAAAGCCUUUUGUCAUCUGAGUUCUUUCUGAAGUUAUAAAAGGAGUCACUUGAUAAAAACCUCUUGAAAGUAAACUGUGGGAAAGACUUCAAUUGGCCUAUGUCAUUAUAUGUGAAACUCCCACCAAAAAGAAUUUGAAAUCUAAGUAAUAAGAAAAAGCUUGAUGGAAAUUAACUUGUGUAUAAUGUUCUAUAAAACUUUCAACAUGAAAGAGUUGUUAUAAAAGUUGUAAAUAUAUUGUGUUUAGCAAGCCUCUUUCUUGAGUGCAACAUUGUAUUCUGGAUUUCUAUUAAUGACUCAGAAAUGAAUAUUGAGGUGAGAUAAUUCUGUAAGUCAUUCUUCAUCAGUACUGCAUAAGAUUACUAGCUACUGCUUUUCCUCAAAUGUUAAUAAUAUUUUCACUUUAAGUUUUAAAUAAUGUUUUAAUCAUUCUAUGUUAAGGGGCCAUUGAAAAAUGAUAGUUUGUAUUUUUUGGGGUUUUCUUCCUGGCCUUAUAUUGCAGUUUCUGGAUAUGCCUCAUCUGUUGUAUAUAUUGUUCCUUUCUUAGAGAAAGCUCCUUUGUUCAGGUAGUGGGUUUAGGAGCCUGUUUUUAUUUUCCAUACUAUUAAACAGUUGGAAUAAAUUUUUGUGUAUGGCAAAUUUAGUAGUAUUCUUUCAUGUGAAUCCUUAUUUUCAUAUUA